AUGGGUAGUAGCCAACCACUAACCAAAUCAUUGUCCAAACCAAAUUCUGGUCCAAAUUCCUUCUGAAAAUUGAAGAGAAAUCUCCAUAGUAGCUAAAACCCAUUAGUGGGUUUCAAGUUUAUUGCUUGGAAUUUCAUCUUUUUGCCCCAAAGAAAGGGGGGAAAUGGGUGAAAAUAUAGGGAGAGUAGUGGAGAAUAAGCAGAUAAUAUUGAAGGGAUACAUAGAAGGAGCUCCAAAGGAAACAGACAUGGAGUUGAAGUUGGGGAAGAAGAUGAAGCUGGAGGCUCCAAAAGGGUCUGGUGCAUUCUUGGUCAAGAACCUUUACCUCUCUUGUGACCCUUACAUGCGUGCCCGAAUGCGAGAUUUUCAUGGCUCCUAUUUGCCCCCAUUUGUUCCUGGCUCUGUUGUUGAAGGAUUCGGUGUGUCCAAAGUGGUCGACUCUGACAACCCAAACUUCAAACCAGGAGACAUUGUUUCGGGUUUUACUGGCUGGGAAGAGUACAGCUUAAUUUACAAACCGGAACAGUUGAGGAAGGUUCAGCCAGAUACUAUACCACUAUCAUAUUACAUCGGCCUCCUUGGCAUGCCAGGCUUCACAGCUUAUGUUGGAUACUACGAGAUUUGUGCCCCUAAGAAGAAUGAAUAUGUGUUCGUCUCAGCUGCAUCUGGAGCUGUGGGGCAGCUCGUCGGCCAACUUGCUAAAUUACACGGUUGCUAUGUUGUUGGCAGUGCAGGGACCAGCCAGAAAGUUGAUCUUUUGAAGAAUAAGCUUGGUUUUGAUGAAGCUUUCAACUACAAAGAAGAACCGGAUCUUGAUGCAGCUCUUAAAAGAUAUUUCCCGCAAGGCAUUGACAUAUACUUUGAGAACGUGGGUGGAGCAAUGCUAGAAGCCGUGCUGCUCAACAUGAGGGUUCAUGGCCGGGUUGCUAUUUGUGGGAUGGUGUCUCAGCACAGCAUGACGGAUCCACAAGGGAUCCGAAACUUAUUCAAUCUUAUUACAAAGCGUGUAAGAAUGCAGGGGUUUCUGCAGAGCGAUUUCUUGCAUUUGUACCCGAAAUUUCUUGAAGAUGUUGGUUGUCUUUACAAGCAAGGGAAGAUAACAUAUUUAGAGGACAUAAGCGAGGGGUUGGAAAGUGGUCCUUCUGCCUUUGCUGGACUGUUUUCUGGAAAAAAUAUAGGCAAGCAGGUUGUCUGUGUAGCCCAUGAAUGAAAACAUGUUUGUUUUGUCUGUUUUUUCUGAAUAAAGAGAUGAGAUGUUAUUCACUUGGGUGCACAAAUUUACACAGUACACCUCAAAUUAUUCUUAGUCAUUUGGAGAGCUACUUGAAGUUCACUAGAGUUGAAAUAAGACAAGAAUGCAUGAUUAAUGAACUCUUAGUUCUGAGGCUCGGUUUUGCAGAAAG